UAGCAUAUCGUCAUUAUCGCCACUCUUCCACCGGGCAUGGAGAACAGCCGUUGCUUCGCUAACCGCUUCACGGACUACAAGGGCGCCCUGCUGUCGGGUCAGCUCGGCGUCGAUGCCGUGGUGGCUACGGUGGACACGAUCCUCAAAAAGGUGCCCGGACGUGGCGACUAGGACGGCGGGCUGUACGUCGGUCCCGCCGGGGUGGCGUACAUGCUGUAUCACGUCAGCGAAUCUCCCCUCUUCUCGGAGCGGAGGGACACGUACCUCAAGACGGCCAAGCACAUCAUCGACGUGUCUGUGCGCUGCGUGGACGCGGAGCCGGACAAGAACAUGCUCGGCGGUGCGGGCAUCUACGCCGUGGCCGCGAUGAUAUACAAGUCCCUCGGCUUGGCUGACUUCGUCAAGCCGCUGACGAAAUUCCGCAGUGUGUGGGAGGUGUGCGCGCCCAUUUGUUUCCUGGAGUGUGGCUCUGAUGAGCUGCUUGUGGGCCGGGCAGGCUACUUGUGUGCCGCCUUGGUCCUCAGGCAAAAGCUGGCCAUUGAGAUUCUCAGCAGGGAUCGAAUCAAAUCCAUUUGCACGGCCAUCAUCGAGUCCGGAAAGCAAUAUGCGAAGAGGAAGAGAAAGCCGUUCCCCCUCAUGUACGCCUUCUAUGGGACGGAGUACCUCGGGGCAGCCCACGGCCUAUCGUCGGUGCUACAGAUGCUGCUGAGCUACCAGGACAUGCUGAGCGGGGCCGACAAGGACCUGGUGUGGCAGAGUGUCGACUUCCUCAUGAACCAGGAGCAGAACUGGAACUGGCCCGCCGAGCUUGGCGCAGUCAUCGAGAGGGAGAAUGAACUGGUCCACUGGUGUCACGGCGCUCCAGGUUUGCGGAGUUUCUCUUCACCGAGGAGUUCAAAGUGGGCUCGUGCUCCUUGACCAGCGUCCGCAGUCUGUUUGAAGGCCUGUCGGGUACCGUCUGCUUCCUGGUAGACCUCUUGCAACCCGACAAGGCAGAAUUCCCGCUGUUAACCGUCUUUGAGUGAAGGCGGAAAAAGAGGAGCAACAAAAACUAGACGUGUGUCUGGAGGCGUUCUGGCUCUACGGCAGCGUGGGCCGCGUGGAGGAUACUUAUGUCAGCAUCACCAGGAAGAAGCAGCUGCACCGCACAGGCUCCACGGAGGAGGUGGAGCACCAGGUGGGG